GAUUGUUUAGUAACAUGCGGCAAAUGCGACGCUUUCACGUGUAAUAAUCCUCAGGCAGAGACAGUGCUCAACUGCACAUCCCUUGCAACGCAGUGUAACUCAACAGUUUGGGAGCGAUUCAUGAAGGAAAAAUGUCCAGCAACUUGUGGAAAGUGUGAUGUUAAGAACGCGAAUCUAUGCAAGGAUGCCAGCGACAGCGUCGUAUGCUCGACCAUGGUGCAGUUCUGUAACUCGCUGGAUUAUUACGACGAUAUGACGGAACAAUGUGCGUCCACUUGUAAUCGUUGCCCAACCAGCAGUCAAAAUGGUGAGACUUGA